GGAGCAGGAGGCAGUGGGGUUUUGCAGCCCCAUGGUGCACAUGGUCGUGUGCCAGCUGCAUCUUCUGUUUGGUGCCCAAAUGUUGCUGUGGAAGUGCCCUGCAGUCAGGGCCCUGGAGCAUCAUCCCCUUUUCCUGUGGAAAAUAUGGAUGAAAUCAUGUCCCUGGGCUGCUCAGCAGAUGGGGAGGGUCAGAAUGGUGGGAACCAGUAACAACACUGAUGUGCUGCAUUAUCCAGUUCCUGCUGCUCUGAGAACAAAUUCCCUUUCUCUGGAGUGCCCCUCUUUGCGUGAGGAGGUGAUUUUCCUCACCAGGUUUCAUUUCACAGUCAGUCUAAUCCAUGACCUGCUCAGAGCUUGGGACAAGGGGUGUGUGUGUGUGUGUGACACUCCUCCCCUAGGACAUGUGCAGGGACACUCGUGUUCAUCUUGCCAGCACUUUGCAGAAUUAGGGCAACAGCUGGAGCUGUACCUGCAGUGUGCUUGUGCCUGCAAGAGCUCAGGGCCCUGGCUGCAUGAAACACAAACUGCUGAUACCUGCAAGGGCAAACUUGCAAACAUCUUUGGCUGGGGGCCUCUGUGGGUGCUGCAGGGGGAGGGAGUGGCUGUCCCUGGAUGGUGAUGAGGUGGCCCUGGCAGGGGCUGGGCCUGCCUGUGGAGGGCAGGAGGCACUCAUGGGCUCUGGCACUUGAGAAGUGCCUGCUGCCCUCACUGCUGAGGCCAGUCGGGGCUGGUGGCCGUGUGACACAGUGUCCCUGGGCCCCGUGACAGGUGUCCCAGGCAAAAGGGGCUGCACACCCGCUGAGCCGGUGGCCGUUGGCUGUGACGGUCUGCUGUCCUUCCGCAGCAGCUGUGCUGCAGCCACCUCUGCUCCCUGGGGACACGCCUCCUGCCUGGCUGCCCAUGGCUGCUGCUCCUGAGGUGCCCUGGUGAAGGGGCAGCUCCCUCAGCAGCUCCCAGCCCCUGCUGUGAGUUAUGCUGAGACCCUGCCAAGUCAUUCCUGUCACAGUGAUGGAGCUGCAUGAAGGGAGUGGCAACUUUCCUUAUGCUGCUUCUGUGAUGGAACAGCUGCCUCCCCCAUCUUCUGCUGUCCCUGGUGGCCCCCGGGCUGCUGCCUCCCAGGGCAUCCUUGGCAUGGUGUGGCUCAGGCUCCUGGCCUCCUGCCUGCCUGGCAGCAGAGGGCUUGAGUGUGAGACCCCAGGGAAACCUCUCUGCUUCUCUCAUCAGCAGAAAUGGUCAGCGAUGGCACUGCCCAGGGCAAGGGGUGCUGGGGUGGGCUGUGGCUGUGUUGGUGCAGCUGAAGGAAAUGGGCUGGGGUGAAGGUGCCUGGCUCUCACCCCCUCCCUGAAGCCCAGCUGCAGCAGAGCGAGCAGCCCCGGGGAGCUGAGUCCCUGAGCCCCCUGUGUCAUUUACAUACAUCCCGCCAGGGCCCACGGCACCACCCUGGGUCUGUGCAGCACCCCAGACCCUCUCUGAAACAGCCUCCCUUCCUCUGCCUCCUGCCAUGGCCCUGGGCUUCACCGUCCUGCUGCUGGUGGGGACGCUGGGCACAGCUUCCAGGGCUCAGCCCGUGCUGACCCAGCCGCACUCCGUGUUCGUGCUGCCCGGGCAGACGGCUCGGCUGUUCUGCACGCUGAGCUCCGAGUACAACAUCAGCCAGUUCGGCAUCUCCUGGUACCAGCAGCGCCCCGGGCACUCCCUCAGGUAUCUGCUCUAUUACAACUCCGAGCGAGACAUGCACAAGCCUGCCAAGACUCCCGACCGCUUCUCGGCCACCAAAGACCUCGCCAGCAACACCUGCAUCCUCACCAUCGCAUCUGCCUGCCAGGAUGACAACGGCACCUACUACUGCUCCCUGUCACCUGCCUUCCAAUGGCUCUAGAAACGGGGAACUAAAGCUUUCCGUGCUUUCCUGGGCGACCCUGACAUGCAGGGAGAGCAGCAGUCCUGGGAGGGGUGGGAAAAAUCCAUCUUUGCAUGCUUGAGCGGGCCCCGCAGCGCUGCCUGGUGCUGGGAGGUGCAGCAACCUCGUCUUUGUCCCCAAGCGUCCCCCACGGGGCAUCAGACAGCCCGCCAGGGCCGCAGGGCAGCCAGGGCCUCCUGCUGCAGGGGAGGAUGGAGGGCUCUGCUGCGGCCUGGCCUUCCUGGGCUCUCCCAGCACCUGGCACGAGGUGGCCUCAACCUGGCAGGGGCUUCCGCAGAGUUUGGCUCACCUGUAAUAAAGGUUAACCCU